AUGACCCAGGGGAAGCUCUCUGUGAACAACAAACCCCCCAACUCUGAGGGGCAAGGGGAGAAGAAGGACAAUGCCACGGCUCCACCAGCUCCUCCAACCUAUGAGGAGGCAACAGCGGGAGAAGGGAUGAAGUCUGGUGCUUACCCUCCUCCUCCAUCGGUCCCGCUCCACCCCAGCUGGGCUUAUGUUGACCCCAGCACGAGCCCGAGCUAUGGCAGUGGCGGGUACCCAGGGGACAUGGAGAUGCUCACGACCUUCAGCUGGGAUGACAGGAAUGUGCGCAGAGUGUUCAUCAGGAAGGUUUAUGCCAUCCUGAUGGUCCAGCUCUUGGUCACGGUUGUUAUUGUGGCUUUCUUCACCUUCUGUGAGCCGGUCAAGGGGUAUAUUCAGACACACUCUGCCUGGUAUUGGGCUUCCUAUGCUGUUUUCUUUGUGACCUACUUGAUUCUUGCUUGCUGCUCUGGACCCAGGAGGUAUUUCCCAUGGAAUCUGAUCCUGCUGAGCAUCUUUACACUGUCCAUGGCUUAUCUCACCGGGAUGCUCUCCAGUUACUACAAUACCAAGUCAGUCCUUCUGUGUCUGGGGAUCACAGCCCUGGUGUGUCUGUCUGUCACGAUCUUCAGCUUCCAGACCAAGUUUGACUUCACCUCCUACCAGGGUGUCCUCUUCGUGAUGCUCAUGGUGCUUUUCUUUGGUGGCAUCAUCCUGGCUGUGAUACUGCCCUACCAAUAUGUCCCUUGGCUCCAUGCGAUCUAUGCUCUGCUUGGUGCCAUUAUCUUUACUAUGUUCCUGGCAUUUGAUACCCAGAUGCUGAUGGGGAAUCGUCGGUACUCGCUGAACCCAGAGGAAUACAUCUUUGGAGCCCUCAAUAUCUAUCUGGACAUAAUCUACAUCUUCUCCUUCUUCCUCCAGUUCUUUGGCUCCAGCCAGGAGUGAGUGCAGCAAGGCAGUAUCUUCUCUUUGCUGGCAAGACGCAAGUGUUUGAAAAAAAUAUUAAAAGAGGAGGAAAAGAGGGUUAAAAAAACAAACAAAACCAAACCCACCCUUUCUGGCCCACUAGCAGGCUCCGUUCAAUCAGCUGAGCAAAGCCCCUGGGCUCCUUAUGCAGCUUGUAUAUAUGCUGUUAGGCCUUUGUGACCCAGAAAGCAAAGCAGGGCUUAAGUGUUAUGUCUCUUCUGCUCCCUCCACUCCCACUGAGAUGAGAUCAAACCAGACCAGAGAUUGGGAGGCAUGAGACCAAGAUCUUCUUUUCCCCAGAGGCUGUCAGAGUUGCCUGUCUGCAUCCUGCAUGUCAUGGGAUGUCAAAGUGCUGAGAACAGCUCUGCAAAGGGAAAAUAUCAUUAAGGGGAGAAGAGUAGGGAAUUUUGCUAGGAUCCUGGCAGGAAAACCAGCUGAACAAAGG